UCUCUCGCUGAAGAGUGCACGCCCCUGAAGCAGCGCUACGACGCCUGCUUCAACCUGUGGUUUGAAGGCUACCUGCAACCGGCGCUAGACGCGGCGGGGGUGCGGCGCUCGCCCAUCAAGGCCGCGCAGUAUGAGCGGCAGUGCGGCAAGGUCUGGAAGGAGUAUCAGGGGUGCUUGAGGGUGACCAUCGCGGACAACCAGAACCUCACGCAGUUGCUCGAGCAGGCGCGUGACGAGCACCCGUUGCACAGGAUGGACGGGCUCGAGGGGACUGCGUGGGACCCAACGACCCGAGGCGCGCAAUAG